AUGUAUUCCUGGAAUGGAGUCAUGGAUUUUCUAAGGGACUAAGAGAAAAGAGCUCAAGAAAGGGAGCAUAAGCUUAUUGAAGAUAAGAAGUAAGUGGAAGAUAGAGUAAAACAACUAGAAGAAGAAAUGAAAAACUAGAUAUAAAUCAACAAAGACCUAGUUAAAAAGUUAAGACUAAUGGAAUAUCAGAUGCUGCAGCAGAAGAGGAGACUAAAAUUGUGUCAAUAACAUCACAAUAAUAACAAUUAAAAUUCUCAUCUAGGCAUUGGUACAGUUGGACUCUCAGGAGGUAGUGGAAGCGGAGGCACUAUUAGUGGAACGAUAGUAGGAAACACAACACUAACACAAGGAAACUUGCAUGGGACAAUUUAACCUCAGAUUAAAGUAAAUUAUUUUUAUAAUAAAAAUCCAUAGUUAACAAAACCAAAAGGUGUAAGACACUAAAGAGGGAAUUCAGAUGGAAUUUAAAAUAUUGCAAGCAGGCUAUUCACAAGCCAUCACACUCGAGGAUCUUCUGGAUCAAACGGCUAACUUAAAACUUUUGAGGAAAACUUAGAUGCAGGAGCAGCCAUACUAUCUUAAACAUUAGAAUUAGCAUAGGAUAAUCAGACUAAUUCAAGAACUUAAGCAUAGAACUUUGCAAAUUACUACUAAGCAAAACACAACAAAACUAAUUCAAGCGACACCCAUGAAACUGUUGAAAGUUAGCUAUAACUUACGAAAGUUUACAAGCAAAUAGAUAAUACUGGAGGAACUGGGAGCAAAUCAUAUUUAAUGCCAAGUUCAGCUGGAGCUAAUAUUAGCAUUCCUUAGAAGAGGCGACAAAUUAGUAAUGGUUCCUAGAUAGGUUAGUAGAUUUAGGCUCAGCAUGAUUUAUAACAGCUAUAACAGUAACAAUAGCCAUAAUAGAGAUAAAACACUGCAACACCAAAUAGUAAUUAAGUAACUACGAUUACUACAACCACAACCAUUACACAAAGUUCGGCACCAAAAAGUGGAGAGCUAGCAGGCCAGCAGUAGUAACUGAUAGGACAAAGAAGGAAAUGGCUAGCUGAAUCUUCUGCACCGAAUCAAGAGCAUGAAUAAAGUAGUUAAUUCAUAAAUGACAGCAGUAUGAUUCAUAAUUAAUCAAUGACUACUAGCUAAUUGAGAAUGAGUGGUUCUUCUAUGAGUAGAUCUAAAAACUUAGUGACAAAUGGUAUUUAGGAUAGAUACUCUAAACUUGAUAAAUCAAGUAAUGCUCUGAAUACUUCAGCUAACUCAGCUAUAUCUGCUGGGGCUAGUUCAAGUGUCGGUCUUGUUACAGCUAGUGAGGACUGUACUAUUAAAGCUUGGGAUGUUAAUAAAUUUAGUAAUAUAAGAGAUGAAGAAGGGACAUUAAACUUUGAACCUUAUGUUACAUUCAGAGGAAAUGUGUCUCCUAUAAUGUCAAUUUGUGGAGCUGAAAGUUAAAAUGAAAAAGAUAUAUAAAAUAUUAUUAUCAGUGGAUCAACUGAUGGUACUUUAAAGCUGUGGAAAGUACCUCCUGUUUAAUAAGUAGAUUAGUACGGAUCUAAUUAAGACUAAAGCUAUUGUGUAUAGACCUGGGAUAUGGCACAUUAAAAGGAACCGAUUUGGGAUUUAAGAUUACAUCAGAAUGAAAGUAUUUUUCUUUCUGCAGGCUCAGAUUAUUCUGUUGGCUUGUGGUAAAUACCUUAGGAUUUUGCUUUUCAUAACAUCAAUGAGGAAGUCAUAAAGAAAAAAUCAUCCAAAGGCUUGCUUUUAGGAAGAUUUAAUAAGCAUAUUAGCUCUCAUUUGCUUAUGCCAACUAGUUGCUGCUGGCUACCAAAUGACUAGAAUGCUUUCUUAGUAAGUUAUUAAAAUCCCUUGAUAUCGGUAUGGGAUGCAAGCACUGGGUAAGAAUAGGGAUUAUUGACCUAUAAAAUGGAUGAGAGUAAACCGUACAUCCUCUAAUAGAUAAAUAAAUUAGUAAUAAGUGAAUCAUAAAAACUGAUAGUUGCUGGAACAGAAGAUAAUCUGAUUAGAUUAUUUGAUUUAAAUUCUCACAAAUAGGUAAAAACUAUAGUCGCUCACACUGAUGCAAUUACUAGUCUACUCGUAAAUAAGAAGUCCAGCUAGUAAAUGUUCAUCUCAGGAGGUCAUGAUGGCGCUGUGAGAGCGUGGGAUUUGAGGACUUUCUAAUGUAUCUAUGAUACAGUUGCUCAUAGAAGAAAAUAUGACGAGGGAGUUUUGUCUUUAGCCCAAAAUGAGAAGUUGCCACUGCUUGCAUCAGGCGGUGGAGAUUCUCUGAUUAAGAUAAUGCAAGAGUAAUGA